CAGGGAUGCGCUCGUCAACACCCAGUCAGUUUGCAACGGGUAUUCAUUUGGUCAAGACGUUUCUUUCGGUAUAAUGAGUCUUCGGCCUGGUUUUGUUGAAACAUACUCAGUGACCUAAAAGUUAAAGAGCUACUAAAAUACUGUACAUUUCCAGCUUUAUCCAACGGAUGCACUCAACUCAUAAUUAUUCUCUGGAAAAUCAAAUCAAACUUAAAAUAGCAAAUCAACAAAAAACUACUUGUAAAAUUGUGCCAAUUAACUCUUACAUAUGUGUGUGGGAAAGAGUUAACAAUACUACGGUCAUGGUCGUGGGUGAACUCUUAGUUGCAUAGAUUGUUUAAAUAAAAUAUUGGAAUUGUAUUUUUUUUUAUGAGAAAGUUGUGUACGGAAAAGUGUUAAUUAUUCAUCAAAACAAUUUAUCAAGCACAAAAUACAAACCAGCAAGUGGAAAUGGUUUCUUGUUUUUAAUUUGUGAUAAGUAUUUCAUUUGAUGUGAGGUUUAGUUAUAACCAGAAAACUAAACAGAACCAAAAUAAAGCUUAGCAAUUAUUAUUAAUGCAACAAAAAAGUAAUUGUUAAAAAUCUUGUUAUAAAAAAUAUUACAUAAAGUGAAUAAAACAGUUCUUCAAAGGAUACUUUUUGUCUUUUGCCCUGCAUUAAGGAUAACUAAAUUUUUCAUUUGGAAUACAACAAAAUGAACUUGAAAACCUUGACCUGCCUUAUAUUGCUCUCGCUCACCACUCUAUUGCACAUUACCGCGUGCGCAGAGGAUGAAAGCUCCACAGAGACCAAUGAAAUAAUUCCACGAGAAGCAAUUGGAAAAUUAGACUACUCCGUAAGACAAGCUCUGUUACGUGCCAUAGAUAAGUUGGAGCGAGAAGCGGCCAAUGACGACUACGACGAAGAAGAUGCUGAAGAUCAGAAUCCCAUUGCCGAGGAAUCGCCAACGGUAAUAGAUGACAACGAGCUUGCCUCGAAUACCAGCAGCACUGUUUCUACCACCACUUCAAAGGAUGAAAUACUCGAGGAGAGCACCAACAAGGCCGACGUGCAUCCAACUGUACAAUUUUACACCGCCAUUUUCGAUGAGAAACACGCACACGAACAGUCACUGGCCUCGUUCAUCGAUCGGUCGCACUUCUGGAAGAAGGCAAACAAAGCAAAAGCUAAUUCAGACACAGCGGCGAUAGACAAUGCUGACACCGUAGCGCACGCUUCCAGCACAUUCGAGAGUAGUCGACAGAGUACGCGCAGUGUCAGCAACGGACACAGCUCAAAUAACGCUGUGCGUUUGAAUGAAAUUUCUGGAGAAAAUUCAGAUGAAGUGAAGUUUGAGAUACGUAAGACGCACGGACUUGCAGCGCCGUCAACAUCAUCUACGACUACAACGACGACGACCACAACAACAGCACGUCCUCGCACAACACGCCGUCCACGGCCAACCACCACCACUACAACAACAACAACCACGCCACGUCCCACGCACAAUGAAGACGGUGAAAAUAUCGAAGUGGUGGAGAAAGAUGACAUACGCAUACAGGAAGCGCCGCUAGUGACCGCAUUCACCGUCGAUCUGGAUGAACGCGGCGCAGCCAAGAAUGUUAUACCCAUUGUGGAUCAACCGAAGAUACAGCGACCACUCAAUGCCCCUCAGUCAUUCCCUGCUGGACCCACUAUAUCGAAGCUAAAUGUUCUGCCCACAAAUCCGUUGUCUGCUGUGCCACAGAGUGAGGCAGUGUACAGUAAUGUGGGACUUGUGGCACCCACUCAAGCAACCAACAUUCUAGCGGCUUCAACAACGCCGUUUACUAAUAUUCUGCCAGCGAACAGUUUUAUUGCGCACCCAACUUCCCAAACCGCCGUCGGCGCCAACGGCAAUCCGAACCAAGAAGGUGUCAGCAAUUACCUAAUUGAACGACAACGACAACUCGAACAACAAAUCUAUCAGCUAAAACUACAAGCACAACAACAACAAGACCUAAUAUUGCGUCAAUUAAAAUUGCUGGAGGAGCAAACGAAAUUGAAUGGCGCGCCGAACCCCACCGUGCAAUCAUUGCCGUCGACGACUACACAGACUUUUACACAACCUAUACAGCAACAACAACAACACCAAGCACAACCGCAUUCGCAAUUAGCUGUACAGCCAACACAAUCUGUGCCACUCUCGCCACCCGCGGUGCAACAACUACAAUCGCAAGUAGUCAGCUUCACCAUACGCCCGUCCGUGGAAUUCGUGCCGAACACGGUCGCCCAAAGUAGCCCAUCAUUUUUCAACACUUUCCCCGUCGAUCAGCAAUUACCGUUACGCGAGCGUGUUAAUAACUUUGCGCACGGCGAGCAGCGCAACAAUUACACGCCGAAUAUUUUGCCAGUGACACAACAACAAUUGCCCAUAAAUGACCCGGUGCAAAAAGUUUUUCAAAAUUUGCAAAACCUGCAGAGCCAAAAUGGCAAUCCGACGCAACCGCAAGCGACAAAUGCUGCCACCUCGGUGCAAAUACAGGCGUCCAAUCAAUUUAAAUUCGCACCCACCUUUCCGACGGUGCAGACACCGUUAGAGGUGUCACUGUUCCAGGCGUUGCCGCAACACAAUCCCCAGCAAUUCCAUCAGGCACAGCAGCAGCAGCAACAACAAGCGCCGCUAGUGCCAGGCUUUUUGAGUCAAGCGCUUUUGGAACAGCAACAACAACAACAACAACAGCAGCAGCAGCAACAACAACAUCGCUCACGCUUGUUCCGCCAGGAGGCAGGCACGUCAAAUUUUGGCCAAAAGCCGUCAAUCACACAAUUUUCAUCAGUCCAAUCUGUCAUACCCGCGUCAAUACUGAGCCAACAACAGCAGCAGCAGCAACAACAACAGCAGCAACAAACGCUAGAUAAUCAAAAUUUCUAUCGGCAACAUUUGGAUCCGCAAAUUAGCAAUCAACUGCAGCAGAAUGCACAAUUUUACCAACAACAGCAACAACAGCAGCAACAGCAACUGCAACAACCUCCAGGUAAAAUCGCAAGCACAGUGAGUAGUAGCACUAACACCAUCCUUAGCACCAUUAGUAGUAGUCUUAGUAAUAACAUUAUCCAUAGUAGUCGCCUUAGCAGCUUAAAUAACAGUAACAGAGGCUCCACACAUUCUAGUUUUAGCACCUUAAGUAAUUCGCCGAGUAGUCUUAGCGGCAAUAAGCCGCCGCACAUUUCUUCCGCACGUAGCUUAAGUAGUAAAGAUAAAUUUCACUAUACAAAUUUUGAAGAACUAAAAUUAAUCGGUAAUGUUUUAGCACUAAACCGUGGUAUUAACAACUUUGCACCGCCAACUUCACAAAACCUACCCUUCGCUGGACGCUUCUAAGUGUGGCACGUAGCCGUAGCCGUA